AUGGCUGACUCUAAAGUACCUCCAGUCUCUAACGAGACUGAUGAUUUCGAUAAGGUGCAGAUUCUGGACUCGAACGAGAUGAAGACUCAAAGCCAUGGUUCCAAGGAGCUCAAUGACUCUCUGUCGGUUGCAUCCUCAGGCACCGAUACUUCCAGUAUUGUGGCUAAAUCGUUCGGUAUCCGUAAAUCGGAACUUAUCAUGGCCCAGAUGACAAACUGGUGGAUGAAGGGCUUCUUCUUUUUCACUAUCUUCAUUGGUAUGUACAUCAUGAUGAUGGAGAACGAUGCCGUUAGAACCUUCCUGAGUUAUGCUACAAACUCGUACAAACAGCAUUCGCUCAUGUCUACUAUUGGUAUUAUUAGAAGUGUGGUUGCCGCUGCUUCGUUGCCAUUUUUCGCCAGAUUGUCCGAUAACUUUGGUCGUUUCGAGUUAUUCAUUGUGGCCUUGAUCUUUAGAAUCAUUGGUCUUCUUAUCCAGUCCCAGGCGAGCGAUGUCCAGAAGUACGCUGCCGGUACAGUGUUUUACGGUUUUGGUAACGCUGGUAUGAGAAUCUUAUGGCAGAUCAACUUGUCUGAUGCUUCUUCUUUGAGAUGGAGACUUGUGGCUAUUGGCGUUUUGAGUUUACAGACUAUUAUCAACACUUGGUCUGUUGGUGAAGUCACUUCCACUCUUUUGGAGAGACACAGCUGGAGCUUUGGUAUUGCAUUGUGGGCUUUCACCACUCCUUUGGUCUGCUUGCCAUACAUGCUCUUUUUCCUUUUCUUGAUCAUGAAGGCUAGAAGAACUGAUUCCUGGAAACAGAUCCGUCAGGAGGAAAGAGACAGCUUUAUCGAGGGCAGUGCUUCUGCUAAGAGAUACCACCUGGAGAUGCUCUCUGACACUACUUUUGCAGGUAAGUUGAAGGGCCACACCAAGCUCUUUGGUGUUCGUCUUGUUCAGACCUUGCACGCUGUUUUCUGGAAGGUUGAUUUUAUUGGAUGUCUUUUGGCUGCUCUUGUGUUUGGUUUCAUCUUGGUCCCAUUGACUCUUGCUGGUGGUAUCAACUCUAAGUGGCUGAGAGCUUCUACAAUUGUUCCUCUUGUUAUUGGUUUUGUUCUUAUUCCUGUCUUUAUUGUCUGGGAAGCCAAGAUUACCAAGAGACCAAUGGUUCCAUUCAAGGUGAUGAAGGACCGUGGUAUCUGGGCUGCUUUUGCUAUUGGUAUCUUCAGUACCUUGAAUACUGGUAUGGCUAACGACUAUGCUUACCCAGUUUUGCUCGUCGGAAUGAACGCUUCCAAGGUGGUUGCUCAGAGAACGCCUACUUUGAACUACUUCGUUGAAGGUGUAACCAUGCCUAUUCUUGGUUUCGUCUUGUCGAAGGUCAGAAGAACCAAAGCUUUUAUUAUCUUUGGUAACUUCAUGUUGUUCAUUGCUAUGGGAUUGUUUGUCCACUUCAGAGGUACCAACGAUGGUUACCGUGCUAAAUACUACCGUGAUGGUGUGGCUAUCGGUAUGUGUUUUGUUGGUUUCGCCCAGGUCUUUAUCUUCAGAGUCGUCUCUGUCUCUGUUCAGUCAUGUACCAACCACGAGUACAUGGCAACAGUCACCGCCCUCUUUGCAUCCUUCUACCAAAUUGGUUCUGCCUUGUCCAGCAGUAUCUCAGGUGCCAUUUGGACUCAGGAUAUGUAUGGUACCAUCAGAGGAAGAAUGGAGGAAUUGAAUGUGGACACUUCUUUGGCCACCUUGGCAUACCAGAAGCCAUACGACUUCAUUGCCAAGUACGCUUGGGGUACUGACCCAAGAAGAGCCAUCAGUUUGGCCUAUGCCGAUGUCCAGAAGAAGAUGUGUAUCGUUGGUCUCUGUCUCUGUGUACCCAUGCUUUGCUUCAUUCUCUUAUUGAGAGACAACAAGUUGACCGACGACCAGAACUUGGACGAUGCCGCCAUUGAUCCUGAAAUGGGUGUCACCGCUGCUGACCGUGGCAAGUCCAGAGUUAUCUUUGACAACGACAAGGAUUACAUCUUGGACUUCCUCAAGAGGUUGGUUGGCAUCAAGCCCAAGACAGCUUCCGUGGAGAACUAA